AUGCCAAGAUCAAAGCGUUCUAAGCUAGUUACUUUAGCACAGACCGAUAAGAAAGGUAGAGAAAAUAAAGAGAGAAUUUUUGAUGAAGUGAGGGAAGCCUUGGAUACUUAUAGAUACGUUUGGGUUCUGCAUCUCGACGACGUGAGAACUCCAGUUUUACAGGACAUUAGAACAUCAUGGGCAGGUUCUAAGCUAAUCAUGGGUAAGAGAAAGGUUUUACAAAAAGCAUUGGGUGAAAAGAGGGAAGAAGAAUACAAAGAAAAUCUGUUUCAAUUGAGUAAGCUCUGCAGUGGUGUUACUGGUUUAUUGUUCACCGAUGAAGAUGUAAAUACCGUCAAGGAAUAUUUCCAAACAUACGUCCGUUCAGACUAUUCAAGACCGAACACUAAGGCCCCAUUAACUUUUACUAUUCCUGAAGGCAUCGUCUAUUCACGUGGUGGUCAAAUAUCAGUUGAAGAAGAUGUCCCAAUGAUCCAUUCCUUAGAGCCAACUAUGAGAAACAAGUUCGAAAUUCCAACCAGCAUCAAAGCUGGUAAGAUUACCAUCGAUAGUCCAUACUUGGUUUGUACAGAAGGUGAAAAGUUAGACGUUCGUCAGGCUUUAAUACUGAAACAAUUCGGUAUCGCUGCCUCUGAGUUCAAAGUCAAAGUUUCCGCUUACUAUGACAACGAUACCUCCACUGUUGAAAAUACAAACAUCAACACUGAAUAG